UCUAGAACAGUGAUUUUCAACCGCGGCUCUUAGAGCAGCGUACGGCUUUCAACUAUUUUACCUGCGGCUUUCAUUAUACUUUGAAAAUUAAUAAUUCUCAAUGAAAUUUUUUUAUUGAAAUUGAUUAACAACUGGAAAUUAAAAGACUGAAGGGUUGCUGUAGCUGCUAGGUCGUUUUGAGUGCAACUUUUAACUUUUCAUUAUGAUUAUGAUGUAUUAGUGUUUUUUCCUCAAUGUUUAGCCUACGUUUCAGUACACUGAUUUCAUUGUUUUCAGUAUGCACAAGCAGGCUAUCCCGUACACUGCAUGUGCAAAUUUCGGUAUUUUCAAACAAAAUAUUUAUUUAAUAGUUUGUCGAGAAAAAAUGUCGAGCAAACCUUCGAAAAAGCUCGCACUCUUUAAAAAUAAAUCGGGCGUUUAAAUAUGAUUGAAAAAGAAUGCUAUCAUUAUGAAAAUAUGAAGCUAGCUAUUCUUGAAUAUAUUGCCAAAGCCAUGAUCAAAGUUUAGCGUUGAAUUGGUUUUUAACCUGAGUUUUGUUGACCUUGUUAUUUCAAAAUACAUACCGGAGUUUUGUUUUGUUGCUAUUUAAUUUGCGUUUUUUGCAUUGCGGCUCCUUACAACUUUAAGGUUUGAAUUUGGAUCUGAAGAUAACCCAGUUAAAGAUCUAAGCUUCAAUUGCGCCGUUCAUUCCAGUGCCAGGUCAUGCACGGCAGAUUGUUCGCAAAGAAAUACAUUAGGCAAACUACCGUAAAUUGGAAGGAAUCUUUUAGAGUAACACAAAUAUAAUAAACUUGACAUUUUCAAAAGCUAAAUUUCCUCUAAAUAAAUUUAAAUUGCUCACAAGAAUGGAAACACAGCCCAAAGAUGGAGAAGUUGAGAAUGAAAAAGCACAAAGCAAAUUUGCAAAAAACAGACGGAGCACUUGCUCCGAAUGCGAAGAUGUGAUCCGCAUGGGAGUGUUGCAAAGUUCUUUGCAAUCAUCGAAGGAUACGGAUAAAGAAGAAUGUGAUCUAGAAGUUUCUGCGAAGCUCAAUAGAGGACAAAGUGUUUAUGAAGAUUAUAGGAAAAAUCGAAAUGAUGAUAGAUCGGAAGUAAAGAAUGUAAAUGACAAGAUGCGAACAAAAGAUAUCGGAAACGAUAUAAAACAUGACCCAUAUGAAGAUUUUCGACAUCAAAUGACUGACACUGCCAACAUUUUAGGAGCAGACCAAGGAUUAAAGAAAAUAGCACAUGAAGAAGAAGGCAGUAAAGAAUUGAGUUUGAAUAACAUUCGCUCCCAUCUUGAAUUAAUUGAAAUUUCUUUAAACGAAGAAAGUGAAACGGAUGCCAAUGAAUACAUUGAACAGUUAAACGAAAUUAUUACGUCACCCAACUCUCCUAAACUUGAUGACAUCAUCAAAAUGGUGGACAAUUUCAUUCUUGAUUCUUUUUAUGCCAGUACUUUAUUUCUCCUUGCUCGUAUAUCCGAGUUGUAUAAAGAUGAUUCGAACUCCGACAGCGCUGCUCGGAGUAUUGGUGACUGCUCAUACCAAUGUACUUAUAUUAUCAACUCCAAUGUGACGCGUGAUGGAAAAUUCCUCGAUUUCGUAAAAAGCAAAGGAAUUGGUAUUAUACAACAGAUAGUAGAAGAUCUACGCGGCAUUGAAGGUGAUACGCCCGUAAAAACCUUACAAGAGGCCAGGUGUUUAAAUAACAUAGGCGUAGUAUUCGGUGAUAUAGGCGAAUACGAGAAAGAAUUCAAAUUUUAUUGGAAGGGAAAAACAAUUUUGGAGGAUAAGUUCAAUAGCAAUGCUCCGAAUUACGUGUUUUAUGGAGAUUUGCUAAAUAACCUCGGCACUUCACAGUAUAAAUAUGACAAAUUUGGAAAUGCUAUAAGAUAUUAUUUAGCGGCCUAUCAAGCAUUUACAAAACGCACUAACGAUUGGGAUGACGAAAUUCAGAAAUCGAAAUUUAUAGAAAUCGUAACGAAGAACCUGCAAACGGCUCUAAAUAAAUACAAGGAAAUGAAAAAAAAAGUGGAAAUGGAAAAUGAAAAAUAAUGCUGAGAUUAUCGGAUGGCAAAAAGAUUAUGGGGGACACGGUAGCCUUAUUAUUAGAAAACAAUUAUUGAUUUCCAUAUCAUAAGGGUAGCUUAUGACUUCAUAAGUUAAAGUUAUAUUAUUUCUUAAUAUUUUCUUUUUCCUAAAAGUUGAUAGACGCUUGUGAAAAUCCUGAAGAUUGCACUACGCUGUGUUUGUAUAUAUUUUUAAGAUGUUGCUUUGAGAAACUUAUGCAAAGCAUAUAAAGUUGCAGGGUAAUUACUUUUUACAUUGGGCAUUUUCAAAAUAUAGAUGUU